AUGGAGGCACCAACCCCCAUCCUUCAGCUCUCCAACUACGUCGUCCGUCCCUACUAUCCCGGCGACAUCGAAGCCAUCAGCCGAGAAGCCAACAACCCCCAAAUCGCCCGCUGGCUCCGCAAUCAAUUCCCCCACCCCUACAGCCUCGACGACGCCAAAGCCUGGAUCUCCCUCGCGAACUCGGCGUCGCCAGUCCUCGACUUCGCCAUCUGUCUACGGGAGGAUAAUGUCGCCAUUGGGAGCAUCGGCUUAAAGGCCAAGGGGGACGUGUACUAUCGAACCAUGGAGAUCGGGUACUGGCUGGGCCAGGACCAUUGGGGCAAGGGAAUUGCUACGGAGGUUCUCUCGGCCAUGACGGCCUGGGCGUUUGAGAACUUUGCCCAUGUUCUGCGGCUGGAGGCGGAGGUCUACGAGCCAAAUAAGGCGAGCCAGAGUGUGUUGGCGAAGGUGGGCUAUGAGUUGGAAGGGCGGAGACGGAAAGCCGUGGAGAAGAAUGGGGUUGUCAUGGAUGCGCUGAUUUUUUAUGUAACCCCCUUGGGGGAACCGCUCCACUUCGCUUUCAGCCAGCGAACCGCCCCGAACCGCUUUUACAAAGGUGCCAUGACGGAGCGGUUGUCGUCCUGGUCCCCCACGGAUCUGAAAGCGCGAGGAGUCCCCAGCGAUGAGUUGAUCAACCUGUACAAGCGCUGGGGGGAGAGCGGCUACGGCAUGAUCUCCACCGGAAAUAUCAUGAUCGCUUACGAUCAGCUCGAGGCCCCGGGAAACCCCAUCAUUGACCUUGAGAAUCCCUACCACGGCGAGCGUUUCGUCGCCUUCUCCCGCAUGGCGGCCGAAUCGAAGAAACACGGUAGUUUGAUCGUCGCGCAGGUCAGCCACCCCGGUCGCCAGGUGGAAGAGCGGGUGAACUCUGAUCCCGUGUCGGCCAGUGAUGUGCAGCUGCACACCGAGGCGCUCAGGAUGAAGUUUGCCAAGCCGCAUGCGGCAUCGAAGGAUGAGAUUCAGGACUUCAUCAAGAGGUGGACUCACGCCGCCGUCUAUCUCCACAAGGCGGGAUUCGAUGGGAUCCAGCUCCAUGGCGCGCACGGGUAUCUGCUGGCUCAGUUCCUGUCGCAGACGACGAACAAGAGAACGGAUGAGUAUGGUGGAAGCUUGGAGAACCGGGCGCGUUUGAUUGUCGAGGUCGCUCGCUCCAUCCGACAGGAGCUGCCGUCAUCGUCGGGUUUCAUUCUGGGCAUCAAGAUCAACUCGGUCGAGUUCCAGGCUGAUGGUUUCACCCCGGCCGAGGCACAACAACUCUGUCAGAUCUUGGAACAGAGUGAAUUCGAUUUCGUAGAGCUCUCCGGUGGCACAUAUGAAGCACCCGCAUUCUCAGGGGAGCGGGAAUCUACCGCAAAUCGGGAGGCGUUCUUCCUGGAGUUCGCCUCGCUGAUUACUCCGGUGCUUAGCAAGACGAAGAGCUACGUGACUGGCGGUCUGCGGUCGGCUUCGGGAAUGGUGGCCGCUCUGAAAACGGUAGACGGUGUUGGUUUGGCGAGACCCGCCUGUCAAGAGUUCAGCCUUCCACGGGAUAUCCUCGAUGGCCGCGUAACCGGUGUGAUCAAACAGAAGGUCGACCAGCAGAACUUUGGCUUGACAAGUGCAGCAGCGGGAACCCAAAUGAAGCAGGUGGGCAAGGACGAGCAGCCAAUUGAUCUGAGUGACGAAAAUAACCUGGCACUGUUCUUGAAGCAUCUGGGAGAGUGGGCCUCGAAGAUGCAGGAGGACGCACCGAGGAUGAACCUGUACGGUUUCAUGGACUUGCCCAAGGGAGAGGCCUAUCGGGGAUAA